GGGGGGGGGAGAGAGAGAGCUGCCGCGGAAAUGGAGUUGAACCUCCAAAACAACAAAGUGUCGCACGGAGUUUGAGCCAAAGGCAGCAGGACGAGGGGAAGACGGAGGGGGACUCAUGGGUCCCCGUUGAAUGCGAGGGAAGGAGGGGAAUAAAGAAGCGAAGGGAUCGAGGAGAAAGAUGAAGCUGCUGAAGCCGAGCUGGGUGAGCCACAACGGCAAACCCAUCUUCUCGGUGGACAUCCACCCCGAUGGGACAAAAUUUGCAACCGGCGGGCAAGGAGAGGAUUCCGGCAAGGUGAUGAUCUGGAACACGCCGGUCCUCAGAGACGAGGACGAGAAGAACGAGAGUAUUCAGAUGCUUUGCCAGAUGGACAAUCACCUCGCGUGUGUGAACUGUGUGCGCUGGUCCAACAACGGGCUGUACCUGGCGUCGGGGGGGGACGACAAGCUGGUCAUGGUGUGGAAGAGGGCUGCUUUCAUCGGGCCGAGCACCGUGUUCGGGUCGAGCAGCAAGCUGGCCAACGUGGAGCAGUGGAGGUGUGUCACCAUCCUGAGGAACCACACUGGAGAUGUGAUGGACGUGGCCUGGUCCCCUCAUGACGUGUGGCUGGCCUCCUGCAGCGUGGACAACACCAUCGUCAUCUGGAACGCCCGCAAGUUUCCAGAGAUGGUGACCUGUCUGCGGGGACACACGGGGCUGGUCAAAGGUCUGACGUGGGACCCGGUGGGGAAGUACGUCGCCUCGCAGGCGGACGACCACAGCCUGCGAGUGUGGAGGACGGUGGACUGGCAGAUGGAGUCCAACAUCACCAAACCCUUCAACGAGUGCGGGGGGACGACCCACGUCCUGCGUCUGUCCUGGUCCCCUGACGGGCAGUACCUGGUGUCGGCCCACGCCAUGAACAACUCGGGGCCCACCGCCCAGAUCGUGGAGCGGGACGGCUGGAAGACCAACAUGGACUUUGUGGGACACCGCAAGGCCGUGACCGUGGUGAAAUUCAACCCAAAGAUCUUCAAGAAGAAGCAGAAGAACGGCAGCGCCCCCAAACCCGGCUGCCCGUACUGCUGCUGCGCCGUCGGCAGCAAGGACCGCUCGCUCUCCGUCUGGCUGACCUCCCUGAAACGCCCCCUGGUGGUCAUCCACGACCUGUUCGACAAAUCCAUCAUGGACAUUUCCUGGACUCUGACGGGUCUGGGCAUGUUGGUGUGUUCGAUGGACGGCACGGUGGCCUACCUGGACUUCUCUCUGGACGAGCUGGGAGACCCUCUGAACGAGGAGGAGAAGGUCAGACCCUCCUCAUCCUCUUCCCUGUGUGGAAUGAACAGGCCCAGAUGUUUGUCGGUGAGGUACGAACAGGCCCAGAUGUUUGUCGGUGAGGUACGAACAGGCCCAGAUGUUUGUGCGGUGAGGUAUGAACAGGCCCAGAUGUUUCCACAGCUGAAGCAGAUGUCUUUGCAGAACCUUCUGAAGAAGCAGGUGGAGACGAGGACCCCCGACGGCCGGAGGCGGAUCACGCCGCUCUGCAUCGCUCAGCUGGACACGGGCGACUUCUCCCCGGCGCUCUUCAACAGCGCCCCCAUCCUGCCCUCGGGCUCCUCCAUGUCCAACCAGCUCACCUCCCAGCUCAGCUCCGACUCCUCCCCGGGCCCCUCCUCCUCCCUGGGGCUGAGGCCCGGCCACGACCCCAUGCUCACCUCGCCUCCGGCCGGCGCCGCUAAGGGCCCAGAGGACAACCGCGAGGGAGUGAAGUCCGGCCUGCUGCUCACCUCCGCCUCCAAGAUGGAGCCCAUGAAGGCUCUGGACUCCAGGUUCACGGAGAGGUCAAAGGCCACGCCGGGGGUCACCGCCGCUAUCACCUCAAUCACUGGCCUGCUGCCUCUGGACAGGCUAAAGGACGGCGUCCCCGGCCCGAAGGACGCGAAGAGCAAAGAGGACAGCAGCAGCGACAGCGAGGACAAGAUGGCCUCCAUCAACAAGAACCUGUCCUUCAGCAAGAGGAAGCCCGAGCUGCUGAUGGAGGGAGGGGAGGGGGUGGUGGAGAAGAGGAGGAAGGGACGGCCCAGGAAGGACAAGAUGGCCGUCCCCAGCGCCCAGCCCUUCCCUCAGGCCACUCCCCCAGCGGAGCAGCACAGCCGGGUGGCUCCGCCCCCCACAGCUGCUCUCAAACUACCCACACCGAGCAUCAAGAAGGCCUUCAGUCUGCAGGUGAGCGCUGAGCCGCCGGUGUUCCUGGAGGUGGAGAACGAGGUGUCGCUGGUCGCCGGGUCCAAGCUCAGCCAGCUGCGCUGCUCCAGGGACGGACGGGAGUGGAACACGCUGCUGCCCAGCUCAGUGGUCACGGCAGCAGGGAGCAGCGACGUCCUCGCCGUGGCCUGCCAGGACAGGAUGUUGUCGGUCUUCUCGUCUUGUGGGCGGCGGCUCCUCCCGGCCAUCCAGCUGGCCACGCCCACCUCGGCCCUGCACUGCUCCGCCCACUUCGUCAUGGCGCUGACGGCCGGAGCGACGCUGUCCGUCUGGGACGUUCAGAAGCAAAAAGCUCUGGUGAAGAACGAGUCUCUGCUGAGCAUCUUAUCAGGUGCCGACGCCACGGUGUCCCAGUCGCUGCUGACCCAGCAGGGGGUCCCGGUCAUCGGCCUGUCCAACGGAAAGUCCUACUGCUUCAGCUCCUCGCUGGAGACAUGGACUCUGGUAGCAGACAAAGGAGACUCCAUGGUCCAGUGUGCCGACUUCAGGAGCUGCCUGCCUACCCACGAUGCACCUGUGUCCUCGGGACCACUGGCUGUUAUGCAGGGACGCAACCUCAACGCCGGGCGGCUGGCGUCCCGCCUCUCCUCCACCCCCCACCACCUACAGCAGAGCAUGACGCUGGCCUUCCUGGAGAACCAGCUGACGUCGGCUCUGACGCUGCAGUCGGCGGCGGAAUACCGUCACUGGCUGCUCAUUUACGCCCGCUUCCUCGUCAGCGAAGCUCUAAAGAAUCGUCUCCGAGAACUAUGCAAGGAGCUGCUGAGUCCCGUCAACAAAUCAGCCGCCACGGCGUGGGAGCCCAGCACGCUGGGCCUGCGGAAGCGCGAGCUGCUGCGGGAGGUCUUACCCGUCAUGGUGGAGAACCUGAGGUUCCAGAGACUGUUCACCGAGUACCAGGACCAGCUGGAGCUGCUGCGCACCAAAUAACACACACACACACAGCUGGACUCAUUGUGAACUCUGACCCCUCGUGUCCUCAAUGGGGCGAAAUACAACAACACACACAAUGCUGCUGUUGUUGUUGUGAUGAACUUUGAGACAGUCGCUUCUCAGAGGGAAGAAGUGGUUGUUCUUCUUAUUUCAAUCUCACUUUGGGGUGAAAGAAUUAA